AUGACUCCUCAUUCCGAAUCCGGAAAGCUGGAACAGGUGGUCUCACAAUUCCUUUUGAAGAGCUUGCACAUUAUACUGGACUCUCGGAUCCCAUCUAUUCUUCCGUGUUGUGAUUCUCCGAUAAGGAAGAGUGACAAAUGGUUCAAUCUGGUACUUGGGGAUCACCCAGCUGCACUAGAUAACUUGAACUUCUGGCAUAGGAAUUUGAUGGAUCCAAUGAUCAUUGACAUUAUACUUGUUCAGCAACGGACACCAGUCUCAUCUGUGAACAAUGUGCUCUCUGGUUCAUCAGGAAGAACAGCUACAGAGACGGUCAUAGAGAGGUGGUUCGUUCAGUUUGAGUCACCUCCUAGAGUUACUGCUUCCCAACCUGGUGAGGGUUGUGCUGCCUCUUAUAAGAAGACAUAUAAGAAGUCAAUCAUAUUCUUACGUUCCUUAUACUUGCAAACGAGGCUUCUUCCAGCAUACCGAAUCUUUAGACAGCUUAGCUCCUCUAGCCAAUCUCUUAACUUUGAUAUCAUUUACAAGGUUUCAUCUUUCUCCGAACCAUUCUCUAGGGUGGAGGAGGAAAUGAUGAAGGAAUAUCGGUUUGUUCCUAUUGAAGCCUUUCCUGGCAGGCUACAUGUAUCGGUGACUUAUCGCCCACAAUUGUCCGACUUUAACCUUCAGACGUUGACCAUAAUGCCUCCCAAAAUCAUAUCCGAUUAUGUUGGUAGCCCUGCCACUGACCCUCUUAGGUACUUUCCCUCUUCACACAAAGGAGAUCGUGCCAUAUCUUUCCCCUCUGAAGUAAUGCACGCUCCUACUUCAGUACCUUCUCAACGACCGCAUAGCUGGACAAGUGGUUUCCAUAAACCGGUUGUCAACCGUCAUCUUGCUGGGUCGCCACCACUGCACUGCACAUCCCAAAUGUCAUAUGAUUCACCAUCUCCACCCUUGGAAAGGAUCCAAAACCAUAGACGACCAUUGCAUCAAAGGGCUCCCUUAUAUGAUGAAUGUCAGCUUUCUCCUCCCUUUUCACUAUCUGUCUCCCCUUCUACUCCAACAUACUUAAGAAACAGUGAUAGUCCUAGGCAAACUCGUGCAAGUUUUGAAACUGCCCCUGUGACUAUUCCAUCCCCAAUGACAAGCACAAAUGCUAGAUACAUCUCUCCCAACUUUUCUGAUCCGACUCAACUUUCCCUUCCUCCUUUAUCUCCCUGA